UUCUAAGAGACGAGGUCUCAUGUAGCCUUAGUUGGGCUCAAACCCUUUGGCCAGAAUUCUUCUGCAUGUCUCCUGCAAGCUUCACAGUAAUCUUAGGGGUUACUAUUACCUCCGUUUUAGCAAUGAGGGAUCGAGGUUCAAAGAGGAUAAAGAAUAUUCCCCUUGUACCUAGCCCUGCCAGGUGCCCGGAACACUGAAAUGCAUAACACAGGGGUCCUUGCUCACAAAAACAUUUUUUAGUGGGUACAAGCCGGCAGGCACAGCACCUUACUAACGGGAUUGGCGAGGAGGAGGAGGGCGUUUGUUUCACCUGUGGUGGUAGGAGUUGGUUUGUUUACCUGGGUGUUGUCACAGCCGACCGCAUUCCAGGCAGAAGAAACUGCAUGUGCAAAAGCUGGGGAAAAGAGAAUGUGGAGCACUCCGAGAACAAGUAGACAAAGCCACAGACCCAAGCAUGUCGGAACAGGAUUGGUCAGCUAUCCAGAAUUUCUGUGAGCAGGUGAACACUGACCCCAAUGGCCCCACGCACGCGCCCUGGCUACUGGCCCACAAGAUCCAGUCUCCGCAAGAGAAGGAAGCUCUUUAUGCCUUAACGGUGCUGGAGAUGUGUAUGAACCACUGUGGGGAGAAGUUUCACGGCGAGGUGGCCAAAUUCCGUUUCCUGAACGAGCUCAUCAAAGUGUUGUCCCCAAAGUACCUGGGGUCCUGGGCCACAGAAAAAGUUAAAGGAAGAGUCAUUGAAAUACUCUUUAGUUGGACAGUAUGGUUUCCUGAAGACGUCAAGAUCCGAGACGCCUAUCAGAUGCUGAAGAAACAAGGAAUUAUAAAACAAGACCCUAAACUACCAGUGGAUAAAAUCUUACCCCCACCAUCUCCCUGGCCCAAGAGCUCCAUCUUUGAUGCUGAUGAAGAAAAGUCCAAGCUUCUGACAAGGCUUCUGAAAAGCAACCACCCCGAGGAUCUUCAGGCUGCAAACCGGUUGAUCAAGAAUUUGGUCAAGGAGGAGCAAGAAAAAUCGGAGAAGGUGUCCAAGAGGGUCAGUGCAGUGGAGGAAGUGCGAAGCCAUGUGAAGGUACUGCAGGAGAUGCUGAGCGUGUACCGCAGGCCAGGGCAGGCCCCACCUGACCAGGAGGCCCUGCAGGUUGUAUAUGAGAGGUGUGAAAAGCUGAGGCCCACCCUGUUCCGGCUGGCAAGUGACACCACUGAUGACGAUGAUGCACUUGCGGAAAUUCUCCAGGCAAAUGACCUCCUCACCCAAGGAGUUCUGCUGUACAAACAGGUGAUGGAGGGCCGGGUCACCUUUGGAAACACAGUGACCAGCUCAGUGGGAGACAUCCCUGUCUCUAGGGUCUUUCAGAAUCCAGCAGGCUGCAUGAAGACCUGCCCCUUGAUUGACUUGGAGGUGGACAAUGGACCUGCACAGGCGGGGACUGUGGCGCCGUCUUUGCUUCAUCAGGACCUGGCAGCCUUGGGAAUCAGUGAUGCUCCUGUUACAGGCACGGUUGCUGGUCAGAAUUGCUGUGAGGAAAAGAGGAAUCCCUCCGCCAGCACGGUGCCAGGCGGUGGCAUUCAGAACCCUUCUGCAGACAGGAAUUUGCUGGACCUCCUCUCUCCACAGCCGGCUCUGGGCCCUCUGAAUUAUGUUUCACAGAAAAGUAUCCCCAAGGAAGUGCCACCAGGUACUAAGUCCUCUCCAGGUUGGUCCUGGGAGGCUGGCCCGUUGGCUCCUUCCCCAUCUUCACAGAAUACACCUCUGGCUCAAGUGUUUGUCCCUUUGGAGUCUGUUAAGCCCAGCAGCCUGCCGCCUCUCAUUGUGUAUGACCGGAACGGAUUCAGAAUUCUGCUCCACUUCUCCCAGACGGGAGCCCCUGGCCACCCAGAGGUGCAAGUGCUGCUCUUGACCAUGAUGAGCACAGCUCCCCAGCCUGUCUGGGAUAUCAUGUUUCAAGUGGCUGUGCCAAAGUCAAUGAGGGUGAAGCUGCAGCCGGCCUCCAGCUCUAAGCUUCCUGCAUUCAGUCCUUUGAUGCCUCCCGCUGUGAUAUCUCAGAUGCUGCUGCUGGACAAUCCACACAAAGAACCUAUCCGUUUACGGUACAAGCUAACAUUCAACCAAGGUGGACAGCCUUUCAGCGAAGUAGGAGAAGUGAAAGACUUUCCAGACCUGGCUGUCUUGGGUGCAGCCUAACUUCAUAAGACAGACCCUUCAUUUCAAGCUUAGGAUGGUGUUACUUUUGCUGUCUAGUCAGGACUAAUCACAGUGUUUCAAUGUAGUGCCAAGAGUCCUAUCCUGACGUCAGGCUCUGGGUGUCAACCUCUGACUUACUCUGCAGAUGGGGUGUGAGUGUGUGUGUGUGUGUCUGUGUGUGUGUGUGUGUGUGGUCGGGGGAGAGGGUGGUAGCGCAGGGCUUGGGAUAUCAGCAGUAUCAUCAUCUCUGCUACAAUCAUGUUUCUGCAUGUCAGCAGACACUGUCCCUGCCUCAGGUUGGAGGUUUUAUAAGCCAAAGUUUUUUUCCAUGUAUUGUUUGUUCCAUUAAUCCACUCUGUGCCUUGUCAGCCUUUGAAAGUCUUGGUUGCUCCCAGGCUGCUGUUCUCAGGGACCUUAAAAGGGACCUGGUUAGUCUUGGGGCAGAGAGUAUCUUCUGGGGCACUCUCUUCCAAGAAAGACCUUGUCUCCAUUUUCAUUAGACAAUGCUUCUUGUGUGUGUUAUGGAAUAUCUUCUAAAUGGAAUGCUUGUUGCACUGUUCCCAGGUGGGUGGCUGCCAUGAGACCUGAGGACCACGCUUGGGGGACCAAUCACGUCCUUCACCACUGUGCCUUAGAAUUGCCCCGAGACAGACCUUUGGGCAGAGGGGAAAGCAGCUCCCAGGCCUUAUUCAGGUCUCAGGUCCGUGGGUUGGGCAGCCAGUCUGGACCCUUCUCAGGACCCUCAUCUCCAUCCUCAUUUAUCCUCUUCGUAGCAUUUGCUUGGAGCUCUUAGUGACAGACACCAUGUUGGUCAUGGGAAUUGGCCAACAGCCAGCCCUUGCCAGUUAACAUCACAGUCUAAGAUGGGGAACUAUGGUGCAGAUAGACAUGAAGAGAGCUUAGCAGUGAUUGAAGUGGUGACUAAGUGUACAGUCAUUGAAUAAAUACCAUGUAGCAAAUGUACUUUGUAGAGUUUUCAGUAAGUUGCGUUUAGCGAUGAUAGGCCUAAAGGGAAGUAUCUUCUGUCCAGAAGUAAAAGAAACUUCAUGAAGGACGUAGAAGCUUAACUGCCUCCAUGAAGAGAACCUGAAGAUCUGAGGAAAGCUGGACAGGAGAGGUGGAUAUUCCAUUUGUAAUAUGACAGAAAAAUUCGAGUUUAUAUUAGUGACCACUUACUGUGUGCUAGGAACUUGACUGUGUGUUGACAAGUCCUGCUUGGCCUGAUCGGUGGGAGAAGGAACCUGAGGCUGGCUGAGAUGGCCAGGCGGAGGGCUUUGAAGUCCAAGCAACUGACCUGGCUGGGUGGGUUUCUACCUCCGAAACUGCAAGGCUCUGUUUGGAGCUCUUAAUCACAAUAUCUGAUAUUUUUACAGUGUGAUCUUUUGACUUCUACAUGUAGUGGAAAUCUGCCAACACUAAUUGGUGGAGAUGGAAACUGUAAGAGAUCAGGUAUGCCAAUUUUAAGCAAAUGUGAAAGCUCAUAAAACAGAUAAACGAUGGGGUGAUUUCAUUUGCCCUAAUUCACAUAAGACGAACUGUAAUCUAAAAGUACUUUCUUGCUUGUGUUCUGUGUAGGUUUCCCUCCCUCCCCCCUUUUCUUGAGGCCAAGUCUCAUACUGUUGCCCAGGCUGGAGUGCAGUAGUGUGAUCUCAGCUCACUGCAAUCUCUGCCUACUAGGUUCAAGCGAUUCUCGUGUCUCAGCCUCCCAAGUAGCUAGGACUACAGGCAGGAGCCACCAUGCCCAGCUAAUUUUUGUAUUUUUAGUAGAGAUGGGAUUUCACCAUGUUGGUCAGGCUGGUCUCAAACUCCUGACCUCAGGUGAUGCACCUGCCUCAGCCUCCCAGAGUGCUGGGAUUACAGAUGUGAGCCACCACACCUGCCGUCUGUUUAGCUUUUAUAGGCUCUGUUGCUGUUGCAUAGUCUAGAAAGAGGUACCCAUCAUAAUGACAGCAUCUCCCUAUGAAGGGUUUUGGUUAAAAUGGGUGAACGAGACUUAAACAUAAAGUCGAGUCUUCUCCCCUAUAGUUCAAAGGUAGACUCAUGUGUAUACCUGAACAUUCUUUUGAGGAGACAGACCCCUAAUGGUACUACUGUGCUUAGGUGUUGGACAGGAUAGGGGUGGGAGGAGAGAAGGCAGGCUGCUGUCCUGAAAGUGGCUGUGGUUUAUGUCAUCACUGCCUUCUAAUCAGCAAGUCCAGUGGCCACUUAGAACCCAGCUCCUACCUCUUCAUUCACUCAACAAGUAGUUAUUGGCCAGGCGCAGUGGCUCAUGCCUGUAAUCCCAGCAUUUUUGGAGGCUGAAUGGUAUGAUCACUUGACCCCAGGAUUUCAAGUCCAUCCUGGGCUACAUAGUGAGACCUUGUCUCUAUUUUUUUUUUUUUUUUAAACGAGUUACUGACAAGCUACCUUGAGCCAGGUACCACCCUGAAGGAGCUUCUGUUCUUUGGGGAGAAGCAAAUUCAUGAUGUGUGUGCUAGAGAUCUGGCCCUCAUGGCCAGUGCUUUCCAGUAUCCUGAACUCUGCAGGGGUCCCUGUUGAUCCCUAUUUCUUGACCUACCUCCAUGACUGCUCUUAUUCCUCUGUCCCUUAAGUGUGGUGGUUUUCCAGAGUCCAGUCGUCAGGACUUGCCCAUCCACACACUGAGGCCUGGCAGUCAGAUGGCUCUAAACCAUGUAGAUGGAUUAUAGAUGUCUCUCAAGCUGCCACCUCAUUGCUGAGCCCAGAUCAUAUUUCAUUCUGUCAGUCGGUAUCUGUAGCUGGAGGUUUGCUUCAAUCUCCGUUGGAAUGGAACCCACAGUCCUGCCCUUUUCCACCUACAUGCUCUCACUUGGAAGCACCUGAGACUUACUGGGUCCCUGAUUCCUGCUUCAUCUGUAUCCGCGGAGUAGUUUCAUGUCAUGUUGCCUGUUUUCUGCAUAAUCUCGUAUCAUGUCCUCCCUGCACUUAUAUUGCCACUGCUCUGGUUUGGGUUUUUUUUUGUUUGUUUUUUUUUUGUUUUUUUUUUGGACAAUGCCUGUGUCCCAAUUCUGAGUACCAGCUACAAAUCUGAGCAUUUGACUAGAUGAAAAAUUCUGAAUGGCUUCCUGAUGCCUACCUGUUUACGGGAUCAAAUUCAAGUUGCACACUGGCACUCAGUGCCCUUCCGGUGUCAUCUGCCAAGACUAGGGCCUGCUUCACCACAACCACAAUAAAGUCCUUUCAAGCCCUGA